AUGAAAGGAACCCAACAACCAUCAUCACGUAAACAAAAUGGUCAUCGUAAUAAUAAUAAACAACGUCAAGAUCUGAAAAAUGAUGAUAAAUUAAUUCAUUUAAUCUCUAAAUGUGUUGGAAAAAUUGUAAUUGCAACAACAUUGGAUGGUAAUCAAUAUAAAGGUUUAUUAAUUUCAAAUAAUUUACAACCAAAUUUAUCAGUAAUUUUAAAUAAACCACAGAAUUUAACAAAAGAUGAAAAAUUACCUGAUAAUUUAGUCAUAUAUGGUAAAGACCUUGUUGAUUUAGAAGUUGAUUUAUCUAAAAAACCUGAAUUUAAAAUUGAUGAAGAAAUUACAACCAGCACCAAAAUUAAAGAACGUGAAUUAACUAAAUGGAUACCUGAUGAACCAAUAGACAAUAAUUUAUUGUUAGAAGAUGAUGGAAGUAAUUGGGAUCAAUUUGCUAGUAAUGAAGAAAAAUUUGGUAUAAAAUCAACAUUUGAUGAACAUUUAUAUACUACUAAAAUUGAUAAAAAUGCUCCUGAUUAUCAACAAAGAUUAGAAAGAGCAAAUAAAAUAGCUAAGGAAAUUGAAUCACAACAAACUACAGAUUUACAUAUGUUGGAAGAACGUGGUUUAAUUAUUGAUGAUUCUGGAAUUGAUGAGGAAGAUAAAUAUUCAGGAGUUGAUAGAAGAGGUAAUGAAUUAUUAGCAGCUUUGAAAAAUACAACAAUUGCUCAAGAUAAACAAGUUCAUAAAAAUGAUUAUAAUUUAGUUGAUCCAGCAAUUGUAUCAUCAAGCAAAGAAAAUUCAAAAAAAUUGGAUUACUAUAGGUUAAAUUCUCAAAGUGAAAUUAAUUCAUUUAAACAAUUUAGUGCUAAUUUUAAAAUUCCACAUAAAGUCCCUGCGGAUUUAUUACCAAUUUUAUCAAAAAAUGUUGAUAAACAAAAGGAAAUUAUAAAUAAAAAUCAAACUCAACAACAACCAAAGAACAAUAAAUAUAAUAUCAAAGCUGCAUCAUUUACACCUACUUUUACUCCAUUAUCACCACAACAACAACAACAACUACAACAACAACAACAACCAACUUCACGUACAUUUAGUAAUGGAUCAUCAUCUACAUCAUCAUCAAAAAGAUAUCAUAUAACUUCACAAGAUUUUUUUGGUAUUGAUAAAAUACCCACUAAAGAAAAACAACAAGAUAAAAUUAAAAAAUUUAAAACUGGUUUUAGUUUUGUUUCAAGUGGAUCACAAGAAUUAACAUUUCAAACUCCACCAACAUGGGAUUCAACAAUUGAAGAAUCAUAUUCAAAAUUAUUUCCUAAAUUUGCUCCAAUACCUACUUUUAGUUCACCAACACAAUAUAAAUAUCCAAUGGCUGCUGCUGCUGCUACUCAACAACAAGCUGCUGCUAUUGCUGCUGCUCAAAUGCAAGCUGCUCAAGUUCAAGCUAUGAUGUAUCAACAACAAUUUCAACCACAACCUUAUUAUCAACAACCACAAUUUUAUCCAAAUCCAAAUACUUCAUUCAUACCGCCUCCAAUAAUUCCUUAUCCAAAUCAAUUUAAUCCACAACACCAACAACAACCACCAAAGAGAUUUUCAAAGAGAAACAAUUGA